AUAAUAAACUUUCUAUUACUUAAUUAUUAGUAUUAUAUUGAAUAUAGGCUUAGCAUUUAUUGCAAUACAGAGAGAAAGACUGAUUGCAAAUAUCUGAUAACUGGAUAAUGGCAGAAUCACAACAGAAAGAAACAUCCAAAAAAGUAUUUCGCAUAGACGAGGUAAAGCAACACAACAGUGUCAAAUCAUCUUGGUUGGUUAUUCAUAACAAGGUUUACGAUGUCACUAAAUUUUUGGAAGAUCAUCCCGGAGGUGAAGAAGUUUUGUUAGAACAAGCAGGAAAAAAUGCAACUGAAGCUUUUGAAGAUGUUGGACAUUCUUCUGAUGCAAGGUCAUUAUCGGAAGAAUAUUUGAUUGGAGAACUUCAUCCUGAUGACAGAUUUGCUGAGGAAACUCCACAAUUUGUCACAACGCAUGAGAGCAAAGAUGAACCUACUGCCUGGAGUAAUUGGGUCAUUCCUGCUCUUGUUGCAUUUGCAGUUGCGAUUGUUUAUCGAUAUUAUAUUUCUGGUUCAAAUUAAAAAUACAUUCUAUUUUGAGUAGAUAAUUUUACCAAUUCAUGAAUGGUUAUAAAAUUUCACUAAUUAUCUUCUAUUAGCUCUUAGAAUGAUCAUAUUUUGACAUUAAAGAAGUUUGUCUGCAGCGAUUGAGCAUUUCUGAGCAUAGGAAUUAGUCUUUAAUUUUACUACAUCAUGUCUAAUUUGUUCCAGUAAUUAUUAUAUUUACCUUCAAAACAUGUAGACUAUAUGGUUCAACUCUCAAUAUGCAUUUGUAAUUUUGCUAAGAAAUUGUUAUUAAUGGCCUAAUACUUCAAAAAAAAUUACCAGCAAGUGUGCAAUGUAAACUGCCCAUGUUGUGCACAAUUUAAUCAUCGUCCAUAUUUGACUUUAACUGUUGUAUGGAUUUGACUGGUUUUCCUUGGUAUUCUGAUUGCUGUUGCUUGGUCUUUUGAAAUUUCUUUUGUUAUUAUGCAUUUACUAAUGACUAUUGACUUGUUUGUGUAAGAUUUAUAACCCAGGACUAUUUUGGCAGGAUUUCAAACAGUUUUUAUGUAACGCUUUCACAUACUUUUAACUCUGUGCCUGUUGCCCAACCAAAGACAUCCUCAGAUGAGCUUGAUAGGAAAUAAAACUCAGCGAGUGGUUGGAAACUAUAAUUUGACUUUUCAAUUUGCAAUAGUAUUAUGCAAGUAUUUCUAUGUUGUUGUGCUUAGUUUCUUCCUAAUUCCACAUAAGCAUGUUUUCAUGUGGUGACAAAUUUGGUAUGAAACUUACCAAGUGUGCAUAAAUUGUAGAUACAGUGUGUUAUAUUGAGAUAAAUAAUUAUAUUGAGAUAAAUAAUUCGCUCAGCUAAUCAAUCUGGAUUUUUCUAUUUUGAUAGAUAGCUGAAGCCUGUCAUACACCUAGAUCAUUUUUUUGAACAAUUCAUCUUUUUUAACUGUAUGUUGUAAACCUGGCCUAUUAAUUCUAUGUGUUACGAAAUUCUAGCAUUCAUUGAUUAGUUAUAUGUUGUCAAAUUGUAAUAUUGUUGCUUUGUUGAAUCAAAAAUGUUAAAUAUGCCACGAUAAUGUUUAAUCAAAAUGCAUUCUAAUGUUAUAG